AUGGGGAGAAAUGGACGGCAGAGAUGGAUUGAAUUGAUUUUGGUGGGUUUGGAUAGGUUGGUGGAGAGAGAAAAUUGGUGGGAUUUGGAAGAAGGUAUGAGAGAUUGGGUUUCAACAAUCGAUUUGUUGGGGAAAAUAGAACUCGUGCUUGUGAGAGCCAUUGUUUUGUGGGUAGAAGGGUCUGUGUUCUUGGGCACUGUGUGUGAUGGUGGAGGCGGUGGUGCAGGGAAUACGGUGGAGGUUGGGGGUGGUGCAGGGAAAGAGGGAAAAAAAGGUAUUGCUUAA